AAAUAAAAGUAAGAUGGAAUCCGCAAUAAAAAUGGAAAUGCCAGAGGAAGAGAUAGACAUAGUUCGGCUCGGGAUGGAUAUAGAAGAAUUGUUGAGCCCUGGGAAUGAAUUGCCCGAGGAUCAAAUGGAAUACAUGUCCGAAGAUGAAUGCAAAGCAAAUACACCCAUAGGUAAUUUCAGUUCUCGGGAUGUUAAUCAAAGACAGUCUAGCCUACUGCUCGAUAACACAAAUCUAAGCAACAGCGAGCUUAGUGUCCGGUCCGAGCUGCUUGAAAUAGAAAACUGGGAGCUGGCCGAGCAAGAUAAAGAUAUAGGCUGCAGCAAAGAAGUAAAGGAUAGUUUAAAAAACAUUGAGGAGGAACAAACUGAACUAAGCUUACACAGCUACAAAGAAUGCACUAUUGCUGCUAACGAGCCUAAAAUAGAUGCUAACAAAACAAAAUUUAUGUGCCCACAAUGCCCAAAAGCCUAUAAGAAUAAAUCUACCCUCAAAUCGCACAUUCGUACGCAUACGUGCGAACGACCAUUUCAGUGUCCACAUUGCCCCAAAGCCUUUAAACAGUCCAUGCAUCUGCGCAACCACAUAUCUAAUCAUGAGGGGAAAGCUGCCUUUAAGUGUCCGCACUGCAGAAAAUACUUUAUAGAGAAAGCCAAGUACGAUGAACACACGCGCUUUCAUAUUGGCCACCGGGCUUACAAAUGUCUACACUGCCCAAAAAUCUAUACUACUAUUUCAAUGUUAAAAGAACACAUUUUAACUCAUAACGCAAAUAACAGUGAUGUAAAUGUCCAGUCUGAACGGGUUGAAAUAGAAAACUCGGAGCUGGCCGGGCAAGAUAAUGAAAUAGGCUGUACCGAAGAAGUAAAGAAUAGUUUAAAAACUAUGAACGAGAAACAAGCUGAACCUAGCUUAAAAAGAUACGAAGAAUGCACCGUGAAGCACCAGGAAGUUUUCAAUCCUCUUGCUGUUGACGAGCCUAGAAUAGAUGCUAAAAAGAAACAAUUUAUAUGCCCACAAUGCCCAAAAGUCUAUAAGAAUAUAUCUAGCUUCAAUGUUCACAUUCGUAUGCAUUCGAGCGAACGACCAUUUCAGUGUCCACAUUGCCCCAAAUCAUUUAAAAUAUUCGGGAUUCUGCGCUCCCACAUAUCUACCCAUAAGGGGAAAACUGUCUUUAAGUGUCCUCACUGCAGAAAAUUCUUUUCAGAGAAAGCCAAGUUCGAUGAACACACGCGCUUUCAUAUUGGCCACCGGGCUUACAAAUGUCUACACUGUCCAAAAAUCUAUACCCAUAUUACAUUUUUCAAAGAACACAUUUUAACUCAUUCCGCAAAUAACAGCGAUGUAAAUGUUCAGUCCGAGCUGCUUGAAAUUGAAAACUCGAAGCUGGCCGAGCAAGAUAAUGAAAUAGGCUGCAGCAAAGAUGUAAAGGAUACUGAAGUAACUAUUAAGGAGGAACAAACUGAACUAAGCUCAAACAGCUACGAAGAAUGCACCGUGGAGCGCUACGAAAUUGGCAAUCCUCUUGCUGUUGACGAGCCUAGAAUAGAUGCUGAAAAGGAACAAUUUAUAUGCCCACAGUGCCAAAAGGCCUAUAAGAAUACAUCUAGCCUCAAUGUUCACAUUCGUAAGCAUUCGAGCGAACGACCAUUUCAGUGUCCACAUUGCCCCAAAUCAUUUAAAGUGUCCGAGAAUUUGCGCUCCCACAUAUCUACUCAUAAGGGGAAAACUGUCUUUAAGUGUCCUCACUGCACUAAAUUCUUUUUAGAGAAAGCCCAGUACGAUGAACACACGCGCUAUCACAUUGGCCACCGGGUUUACAAAUGUCUACACUGUCCAAAAAUCUAUACCCAUAUUACAUUUUUUAAAGAACACAUUUUAACUCAUUCCACAAAUAACAGUGAGGUAAAUGUCCAGUCUGAUCGGGUUGAAAUAGAAAACAACGAGCUGGCCGGGCAAGAUAAUGAAAUAGGCUGCAGCAAUGAAGAUAAUGAAAUAGGCUGUACCGAGGAAGUAAAGAAUAGUUUGAAAAGCAUUAAGGAGGAACAAACUGAACUAAGUUCAAACAGCUACGAAGAAUGCACCGUGGAGCACCACGAAGUUUGCAAUCCUCUUGCUGUUAAUGAGCCUAGAAUAGAUGAUAAAAAGAAACAAUUUAUAUGCCCACAAUGCCCAAAAGUCUAUAAGAAUAUAUCUAGCCUCAAUGUUCACAUUCGUAUGCAUUCGGGCGAACGACCAUUUCAGUGUCCACAUUGCCCAAAAUCAUUUAAAAUAUUCGCGAUUCUGCGCUCCCACAUAUCUACCCAUAAGGGAAAAACUGUCUUUAAGUGUCCUCACUGCAGAAAAUUCUUUUUAGAGAAAGCCGAGUACGAUGAACACACGCGCUUUCAUAUUGGCCACCGGGCUUACAAAUGUCUACACUGUCCAAAAAUAUUAGUUAAUAUUUCAUCAUUUAAAGCACACAUUUCAAUUCAUCCCACAAAUAACAGUGAGGUUAAUGUCCAGUCUGAACGGGUUGAAAUAGAAAACUCCGAGCUGGCCGGGCAAGAUAAUGAAAUAGGCUGCAGCAAUGAAGUAAAGGAUAAGGAGGAUAUCAUUGAAGAGGAACAAACUGAAAUAAGCUUAGAGAACUACGAAGGAUGCACCGCGGAGCGCUACGAAAUUAGCAAUCCUCUUGCUGUUGAGGAGCCUAGAAUAGAUGCUAAAAAGAAACAAUUUAUAUGCCCACAGUGCCAAAAGGCCUUCAAGACCAAAUUUAUGCUCACAAGUCACUUAAGUACGACGCAUUCGGAUGAACGACCAUUUCAGUGUCCACAUUGCCCGAAAGCAUUUAAAAGAUUCGGGAUUCUCCGCUCACACGUAUAUACUCAUAAUAGGACAACUGCCUUUAAGUGUCCUCACUGCAGAAGAUACUUUUUAGAGAAAGCCAAGUACGAUGAACACACGAGCUUUCAUGUUGGGCACCGGCUUUACAAAUGUCCGCAAUGUUCAAAAAUCUGUACUCAUUAUACAAGGUUUAAAAACCACAUUCGAAUUCAUCACGCAAACAACAGUGAGGGACAAACUGAACUAAGCUUCAAGAGCUACGACGAAUGCACGACUGCUGUUAACGAACCUACAAUAGAUGCUAAAAAAACAAAAUUUAUAUGCCCACAAUGCCCUAAAGCCUAUAAAUAUAAAACUAGCCUCAAAUCGCACAUGCGUACGCAUACGUGCGAACGACCAUUUCAGUGUCCACAUUGUCCCAAAGCCUUUAAACAGUUCAUGCAUCUGCGCAACCACAUUUAUAAACAUAAGGGGAAAACUACCUUUAAGUGUCCGCACUGCAGAAAAUACUUUAUAGAGAAAGCCAAGUACGAUGAACACACGCGCUGUCACAUUGGCCACCGGCUUUACAAAUGUCCACACUGUUCAAAAAUCUGUUCUGAUCAGACAAGGUUUAAAAAACACAUUCUAAUUCAUCACGCAAACAACAGUGAGAUAAAUGUCCAGUCCGAGUUGCUUGAAAUAGAAAACUGGGAGCUGGCCGAGCAAGAGAAUCAAAUAGACUUCAGCAAAGAAGUAAAGGAUAGUGAAGUUAACAUUAAGGAGGAACAAACUGAACUAAGCUCAAACAGCUACGAAGAAUGCACCGUGGAGCGCUACGAAAUUGGCAAUCCUCUUGCUGUUGACGAGCCUAGAAUAGAUGCUAAGAAGAAACAAUUUAUAUGCCCACAGUGCCAAAAGGCCUGUAAGAAUACAUCUAGUCUCAAUGUUCACAUUCGUUUGCAUUCGAGCGAACGACCAUUUCCGUGUCCACAUUGCCCGAAAACAUUUAAAACGUUCUGGAUUUUGCGCUGCCACAUAUCUACUCAUAAGGGGAAAACUGCCCUUAAGUGUCCCCACUGCAGAAGAUACUUUUUAGAGAAAGCCAAGUACGAUGAACACACGCGCUUUCAUAUUGGCCACCGGGCUUACAAAUGUCUACACUGUCCAAAAAUAUUUACUACUAUUUCAUUCUUUAAAGCACACAUUUUAAUUCAUCCCACAAACAACAGUGAGGUUGAUGUCCAGUCUGAACGGGUUGAAAUAGAAAACUCCGAGCUGGCCGGGCAAGAUAAUGAAAUAGGCUGCAGCAAUGAAGUGAAGGAUAAGGAAGAUAUCAUUGAAGAGGAACAAACCGAAAUAAGCUUACAGAACUACGAAGAAUGCCACGAGCGCCACGAAAUUUGCGAUCCUCUUGCUGUUGACGAGCCUAGAAUAGAUGCUAAAAAGAAACAAUAUUUAUGCCCACAGUGCCAAAAGGCCUUCAAGACCAAAUUUAUGCUCACAAGUCACUUACGUACGCAUUCGAACGAAUGACCAUGUCAGUGUCCACAU